CCCUCUCGCAGAACUCCAACGAACCAACGGGUGGUAAACAUCCCCUCCUUUAUUCUUAUAUCAUCGAAGCGGAAGCGGAAGCGCGCGCGAGAAUUAUUCUCCAUCCGUCGUCUCUCCGAAACCUUCUCCGGUACAAAUUUGGAAACAAGCGUUCGGAUUGGGGUUUCUUGUGCGCCAGCCCUCCAGUCGUCGUCCCCAUGAUCGACCCGACCUCCUCCGUUCCUUGUUCCAACUACUGAACCUAGUCUUAGCAUGGGAGACGUGGAGGGGGAGAAGACCAACCCCGCGGCGAUGGCGGCCGGCGCAGGAAGAGAGGAGGGGGAGGAGCACGACGUGGCCGACCUGGUCGGGGAGCUGCUGGAGAUCAUCGACUCCGUUGGGUCAUUCGGGGAGUACCGGCGGACGCAGCGGAAGGAGUCCUUCAACCUGGUGCGGCGGAUGAAGCUGGUGGCGCCGCUGCUGGAGGAGUUGCAGGACCUCGAGUACCCUAUCCCCGACGCCGCCUACGCCCGGCUUUGUGGCCUGCUUAAGGCGUUCUCCGCUGCCAGGAAGUUGCUGAGGUGCUGCCACGACGGGAGCAAGAUCUAUCUGGCAUUGGAGAGUGAGGCGGUAAUGGGGAGGUUUCAUAUGGUAUAUGACAGAAUGAAUCAGGCAUUAGAGGGCAUGCCGUAUGAUGCGCUUGUUAUUUCGGAUGAAGUCAAAGAACAGGUUGAAUUGAUGAGUUUGCAACUAAGAAGAGCUAAGAGGAGAAUCGACACUCAAGACAUGGAGCUUGCCAUGGAUUUGAUGGUUGUGCUCUCAAAAAGGGACGACAGGAACGCAGAUGGAGCCAUACUUGAAAGGCUAGCGAAAAAGUUGGAGUUGCAAACUCUACCAGAUUUAAGAGCUGAAACAAUGGCCAUCAAAAAGCUCAUCAAAGAAAGAUGUGGGGCAAAUGCAGACAGUACACAGCAGAUCAUGGAUCUGCUCAAUAAAUUUAAACGAGUUGCAGGAGUCGAAGAUUCUAAAGGGUUAAGCGACGUCACCUUGCCUAAAUACCUCGAGAAGUGUCCAUCGUUGAUGAUUCCAAAUGACUUCCUCUGUCCUGUAUCUCUGGAGAUCAUGUCGGAUCCUGUCAUUGUUGCAACAGGACAGACAUAUGAACGAAGAAGCAUACAGAAGUGGCUGGAUGCAGGUCAUCGAAAUUGCCCAAAGACUAGACAAACUUUGGCUCACCUCUCUUUAGCUCCAAACUAUGCUCUUCGUAACUUGAUCAUGCAGUGGUGUGAGAAGAACCAAGUUGAGCUGUUGAAAAGAGAUGCAGACCAGGACUCUGAUCAUUUAGAGCAAAAGGAAGAGAUCCCUUCAUUGGUGAGAGAUUUGUCCUCCAUUCAUCUUGAUGUGCAGCGGAAGGCAGUGAAGAAGAUCCGCAUGCUCUCCAAGGAGAAUCCUGAUAACAGGAUUUUGAUCGCUAAGCAUGGUGGAAUACCUGCUCUGGUCGGCCUGAUACCUUAUCCCGAUUCGAAGAUCCAAGAACACACUGUCACGGCUCUGUUGAACUUGUCGAUCGAUGAGAGGAACAAAAGAAUCAUAGCCAAAGAAGGAGCAAUUCCUGCUAUAAUUGAAAUCUUGAAGAGCGGCACGGUUGAGGCUAAAGAGAACUCGGCCACAGCCUUGUUCAGUUUGUCAAUGCUUGAAGAGAACAAGGUGAUGAUAGGGAACAUGAAUGGCAUUCCUCCAUUGGUGGAUCUUCUGCGGGAUGGGACCAUUAGGGGGAAGAAGGAUGCUGCCACUGCACUCUUUAAUCUGGUUCUGAACUAUGGGAACAAGGCUAGAGCUAUUGAUGCAGGAAUAGUGGCUCCUCUGCUUAAUGUACUGUGUGACAAGAACCUUGGCAUGGUGGAUGAAGCCCUCUCGAUCUUCCUUCUUCUGGCAUCACAUCCUGAUGGCCACACUGCCAUAGGGCAGCUUCCUUUCAUUGAAACCGUCGUGCAGCUGAUAAAAGAAGGCACCCCCAAGAACAAGGAAUGUGCACUCUCCGUACUUCUUGAAUUGGGUACUCAUAAUUCUUCUUUGGUCUCAGCUGCGCUACGGUUGGGGGUGUAUGAGCAUGUCUGUGAGGUAGAGAAAAGUGGAACUAAUCGAGCAAAGAGGAAGGCGAAGUCCCUUUUUCCGCUUAUAAACAAGUGCAAGGAGGGUUAGCGAAGCUUGGAAAUCCUCAUCUACUGGUCAUGAGGGACUAUUACCCUCGUACCAAGCGGGCAUAUAAGUAAGUCGCUUUCGUCUUAUGAUUUCAUCGGAUCUAAAGUAUUCCUCAAGAGUUUUUAGAAGUAAAAAAGCACGCCUAGUUCUAUGUAUAUGCUGACACAGUAUGUUCAAUUGUCGUCUGUUAUAUAAUAUGAUGUAAUGUGUGGAGGAAGCGUGUGAUCAUCAUAGUUAUACCAUCUGUGAUACUGAAUCAUUGUUCCUCUUCAGCUGUCAAAUAGAUAGAACAGCUUAUAGUGCAAUGAUUCCUUUUAUCUUAGCUGCUCUUAAAGAUCUUUUCUUUCUUACUAUGUGGUGUUAUGUUUCUCACAUUGUAAGUAUUUAAUUAUCCCUCCAGUUAUUUGUGAUUCUUUUUAUGAACUACCGUACAUGUAUUUAUGAUUCUCUUUAUUUUUCUGAGACCACAGUGUAGCUUCUACAACACUAAUAUCGGAGCCCUUUCCUCAUUGCCCU